AGAAAACAACUUCUUAGUAUUUCAAAAAAAACUUUAUUUAACGAUGGUUCUCUCGUUUGGCUUUCGGCAGUCUCACAUUUGGCUACGCGACGUAUAUAACUCUUAGCACUUCUGGUAAACCGCUAUCUGCUGACAAUGUGGUCCACGGUGUUCGUAAACAUUAUAUUCGCUAUCGCGGCAACAGCACACGGCAUCGAAAAGAGGAGCACAAACAGCGAACUCUACGGAGGACAGUUCGACGGAGAUGGAUACGUUCGCGACUUGUCGGAGCAGGUCAUGAGCAAGUUCUACCUGGCCUUGCCAACCUUUUACUCGUGCAACAUGACCUUCCAGGACCAGAGGGGCUUGAGUGGCAUGUACAUGAAAAUCACCGAAGGAAAGCUGCAGGAUGACAUCUCACUGAAGAUAAGAAACUAUUCAUACGGCCUGGAGCCCCUCACAUCUGUGGACGAUUGGUUCCUGGUUAACGUGGAAUUCCUCGCGGACACAUACACGGUGGCGCUCAACUACACGGUCUCGCCGCUCAGCUCCGCCAGCCCGGAGAGCGCCGCGGCGCGCGUGGACGUGAACGCCUACUCGGCCCGCGUCACGCUCUUCUUCAUGGGCGAGGGCGCCGCGCGCCAGGCCAGCUCCCCCGCGCCCCUCGGAGAGUCCAGCUACACCGUGAGCCCCCUGACAUCGAGUGCCGGCAAGAAGAUCUACGGUGAGGCUGCCGUCAGGUUGGCCUGGGAGUACUAUUACUUCAACAACGUGCGGGACAAGAUCCUGGACCUUACGUACUCUACAUCACGACAAAUGGACAUAUUUAAAUACUUCUCAUGAUAUAUUUUAAAAAGACAUUUACAGUUGUGACUUUAUUACGUUUCUUUUGUGACUCAGAAAGUGUUAUGUGAGGGUCAAAAGAUAGUUAUUCUUAUAUUUCCUUCCAGUAGUGAAAACCAGCAAUAAAUAUUUUGUUGUAUUCUGACAGGGCUCUUUCAAUAUUAAGUGUUGAAGAAAUUUUAAAGGGGACAUGUGCAUGUUAAGUACAUGUGUAGUGUAGCAACUCAGAAACAUUGCUAUGUGGGUGUACUUACAAUGUGCUGGUGGUCAUUGUAUUAUUCUAUGAAAGAAAGCCAUUUCUUGAACUACA